UUACGUCUCGAUGUUAUUCGUGAUGACGCAGAAUUGAAACAACAGAAUUGAAGAUACACCGAAAGUCGCAAAACUCCUUGUUUCUUGCAUGAUAGGAUCAGUUUUGCAGUUUUCACAUUUUCCAAUAUUUUCUUUCCGAAUAAACAGUCUGUCAUUUUCCUUUCUAUCCAUCUCUUUUCCGAACAAACAGUCCGUCAUUUAUUUUGCUCAACCUGUUGAGAGAGCUCCUUUCUUUCUUUUUCAUCAGAACAAAACCCAAAAUCUCCAACUUGAAGAAGAGGAAGAGUACUGUUAAAUGAUGCAGCCCGCAAUUACAGAAGCCAAUCAACGGAUUGCAAGAAUCGCAUCCCAUCUCAAUCCUCCCCAUAUUAAGAUGGAGGAGGGUUGCAGUCUGAACCGAGCGAAUUGCCGGUCGAAAGGAGGGUCUGCUGGGUUCAAGGUAGCUAUAUUAGGAGCUGCAGGAGGAAUAGGGCAGCCUCUAGCAUUGUUGAUGAAGAUGAAUCCACUGGUUUCGGUUCUUCAUUUGUAUGAUGUGGUUAAUACUCCUGGUGUUACUGCUGAUAUUAGCCAUAUGGACACUGGUGCUGUGGUACGUGGUUUCUUGGGCCAGCAGCAACUGGAGGAUGCUCUUAUAGGGAUGGAUCUUGUGAUCAUUCCUGCUGGCGUUCCAAGGAAACCAGGAAUGACAAGAGAUGAUCUAUUUAACAUCAAUGCUGGAAUAGUUAAGACCCUUUGUGAAGGAAUUGCUAAGUGCUGUCCACAAGCUAUUGUCAACAUUAUCAGUAAUCCUGUUAACUCCACGGUUCCAAUUGCAGCAGAAGUUUUUAAGAAAGCUGGCACCUUUGAUCCAAAGCGACUUUUAGGUGUCACAAUGCUUGAUGUUGUCAGAGCGAAUACUUUUGUGGCAGAAGUUUUGGGCCUUGAUCCUAGAGAAGUCGAUGUGCCAGUUGUUGGGGGUCAUGCAGGGGUUACUAUUUUACCUCUUCUAUCACAGGUUAAACCUCCAAGCUCAUUCACCCAAAAAGAAAUUGACUACUUGACAGAUCGUAUUCAAAAUGGCGGAACAGAAGUUGUAGAGGCCAAAGCUGGAUCUGGUUCUGCAACAUUAUCUAUGGCAUAUGCUGCUGUUAAAUUUGCAGACGCAUGUCUUCGCGGCAUGAGGGGGGAUGCUGGUGUCAUCCAGUGUGCAUUUGUGGCUUCUCAGGUAACUGAACUUCCUUUCUUUGCUUCCAAGUUACGGCUUGGCCGUACUGGUGUUGAAGAAAUCUAUCCGCUUGGCCCCCUCAAUGACUAUGAAAGGAGCGGCUUGGAGAAAGCAAAGAAAGAGUUAGCAGCAAGCAUUCAUAAGGGAAUUUCAUUUGUCAGGAAAUGAGUCAUGGCUAAUAACAAGGGUUCAUUUCUAAUUUUCUGUCCCUGUUUUAUUCCUUUGAUGCAUUUCCUCGAUAUCUGGGUUCCUUGAAAUAAGUAGCGUCAUCUCGUUUUAGCUGUCCAUAAAAGGCAAGCAAACAAUUGUAAGAAUAUGGUGAUGGGGCUUUCUUCAACAGGGCUUUGGUGAUAAUUAUGUAAUAAAUACAGAAGCACUUCAAAGCUAGGAACUAUUCUCGUCUCUUCUCUUCAUAAUUUUUGUUUCCAAGAUAAUCUCACCAACUCUGUACUCAAGAAAUAUGGAUUUCAUACUAAUUGCUUUUAUCUGGUAGUGUUGCUUGAGUUCUAAA